CGUGUCCGGUGUGGGAAACAAAGCCAAAUCAGGUCAAAUGCUCCCAAACCCAGGACUGAGGAACUUGGCGAUGGCGCUGGGGAGUUUGGUUCCAGCUCCUCCCAGCAGCCGGAGCAGUUCUGGCAUCUCCCUGGCUGCUGUGUAAACAAGUGCGAUCCAGGGCCGCUCUCGUGCUGCCCUUCCCGGCUCCGCGUGUCCCAGGAGCAGGAGGACUGGGCUGCUGACUCACUCCCAGCUCCUCGGCCGCCAGGAUCCCGGCUGCCGGAUUGGCUCCGUCCCUGCAAUCCCUCCGGAAUGGAAGGAGCGGAGCCAUAGCCUGUGGAUUUGUGCCCUGUGCUGCUGUGGGCACCUGGAGAACGAGCCCCAAGCCAGGGAGAUAUCUUGCGGAAAGACUCCGUAUCCAGGGAAAGGCCCCAGGGAAUGACCCCACGUCCAGGGAAAGACCCUGGGCAAAGACCCCGUUAACGAGGAGCACAUCCCAGUUCACGGCAGGAGGAGUUUUCCCACUGCAGCUCAGCCAAGACAGGCGAGCGGAUCGACGGCCAGCGCCCUGCGCCCCCCUGCCCCACACCGACGCCUCGGUGCCUUCCCGGCUCUCCGGAUCGCGCCAGCAGCACCCGGCCAUGAGCAGCCGAGGAGCGGCCAGGCCGAACGGGCAGUCCCAAGCCAGUAAGAUCUGCCAGUUCAAACUGGUGCUGCUGGGAGAGUCGGCGGUGGGGAAAUCCAGCCUGGUGCUGCGCUUCGUCAAGGGCCAAUUCCACGAGUACCAGGAGAGCACCAUCGGUGCGGCGUUCCUGACACAGUCCGUCUGCCUGGACGACACGACGGUAAAGUUUGAGAUCUGGGAUACGGCCGGGCAGGAGCGGUACCACAGCCUGGCCCCCAUGUACUACCGCGGCGCCCAGGCUGCCAUCGUCGUCUACGACAUCACCAACCAGGAGACGUUUGCGCGGGCGAAGACAUGGGUGAAGGAGCUGCAGCGCCAGGCCAGCCCCAGCAUCGUCAUCGCCCUCGCCGGCAACAAGGCCGAUCUGGCCAGCAAGCGGAUGGUGGAGUACGAGGAGGCACAGGCCUACGCAGAUGACAACAGCCUCCUGUUCAUGGAGACAUCGGCCAAGACGGCAAUGAAUGUCAAUGACCUCUUCCUGGCCAUCGCCAAGAAGCUCCCGAAGAGCGAGCCGCAGAGCACGAGCGGCGCGGGCGGCCGGAGCCGAGGCGUGGACCUGCACGAGCAGAGCCAGCAGAGCCGGAGCCAGUGCUGUAGCAACUGAGGGGUGACCUACGCGGCGGCCGAG